AUGGAAGAGGAGGACUCAGAAGGCCCUGGAACUGGCAAGAGAUUGAAGAAGUGUUCCCAACCUAUCCAGGUAGUGAGUGAUGUUGAAUUUGAGGAAAAAGCUGUGCCAGAGAUCUUGACUCAGGACACGAUGACUGCAGAUGUACGCAGCCGAUGCUUCCGGUGGUUCUGUUACCAUGAGGUCGAUGGACCCCGAGAGUUUUGCAGCAAGCUCUAUGGACUGUGCAACCAUUGGCUGAAGCCAGAGAGGAACACCAAGAAACAGAUGCUGGACCUGGUGAUCCUGGAGCAGUUCCUGGCAGCCUUACCCCAGGAAAUGCAACGCUGGACGUGGGGACGAUCUCUGAAGAUGGAAGAAAAGUCCCCUGAGGGCAAAAGAGCUCCCUCAGAGGAAAGUCAGAGGGCACCAUUGCAGGAACAUGCCCAAGAUUCCCUGCCAAGUGGCAGUGAAGAGAUGCUGUCAAUCCUUCAUCUGUGCAGCGAAGUGGAAACAGCUGCUCCACAUCUGGCCCAGUCACCAGUUUCCUUUGAGGAGGUAGCUGUGUAUUUCACUGAAGGUGAGUGGGCCCUGCUGGGUCCUAGCCAAAGAGCUCUCUACCGGGAUGUCAUGCAGGAGAACUCUGGGACUGUGGCUUCUCUUGCAGCAGACAUAGAGGAGACAGCUGGGGAAUUCCAGGGGUUCUCUUUGGAGAAAAACAAGAAUGAAGGUGCCAAAGGACACUAUGGGGAUGCACCACAGAGGCAGGAGGGAAACCACACAGGUGACAAUCAGAGGAAUGAGGAGGAUGGGGAACUGCAUCCUCAAUUGCCAAAGGAAGUGAAGAAUGAAGACUUGAGAGGAAACUUCUACAAUCAAGAUGGGCCUAAGAGGGAGAAAGAAAGCCAGAUGGUCAAGGAGAGGGGUAAACUCAUUCUUUGCCAAGGGGGGGAUUUCCAAGAAGUAAUUCCCAUGCCGAAGCAAACAUACAAGUGCUUGGUGUGUGGAAUGAACUUUUCAAAUCAAUCCCUGUAUAAGAUCCAUUUUGGAAUACACAGUGAAAAGAAGACCCAAAAAUGGCUGGAGUCUGGAAAGAUCAUAAUUCGCACGGUAAAGCUUCUUACAUAUGAAAGAACACAUCCAGGAGAGAAACCUUAUAGUUGCUCAAAGUGUGGCAAGAGAUUCUCAGAGAAAUCAGGCCUUAUUCGACACCAAAGAAUUUGCUCUGCAGAGAAGCUAAUCCACACAAGGGAGAAGCCUUUUGAAUGCUCAGAGUGUGGAAAAAGAUUCAUUCAGCGUGGCCAUCUUAAAAAGCAUCUAAGAACCCACACUGGAGAGAAGCCUUUUGAAUGUUCAGAGUGUGGGAAGAAAUUCAGUCAGAGUGGUGAUCUUCAAAGACAUCUAAGAACCCACACAGGAGAGAAGCCUUUUGAAUGUUCACAGUGUGGGAAGAAAUUCAGUCAGAGUGGUGCUCUUCAAAAACAUCUAAAAACCCACACAGGGGAAAAGCCUUUUGAAUGUUCAGAGUGUGGAAAGAAAUUCAGUCGCAGUGGCUACCUUCGAAAACAUCUGAGAAUCCACACAAGGAAGAAGCCUUCUGGAUGCUCUGAGAAUGGGAAGAGAUUUGGUUGCACUGGCACUCUUCAAAAACAUCUAAGAACUCAUGAAGGGAAGAAGUUUUUUGAAUGUUCAGAGUGUGGGAAGAGAUUCAGUCACGGUGGCGAUCUUAAAAAACAUCUGAGAACCCACACAGGGGAGAAGCCUUUUGAAUGCUCUGAGUGUGGGAAGAGAUUUGGUCGCAAUGGCUCUCUUCGAAGACAUCUAGGAAUUCACACAAGGGAGAAGCCUUUUGAAUGCUCUGAGUGUGGGAAGAGAUACAGUUGUAGUGGCACUCUUCGAAGCCAUCUAAGAAUUCACACAGGGGAGAAGACUUUAAGAACAUAAGAGAAGCCAUGUUGGAUCAGGCCAAUGGCCCAUCCAGUCCAACGCUCUGUCACACAGUGGCCAAAAUUUUUAUAUAUAUAUAUAUAUAUACACACAUACACACACACACACAUAUAUAUACACACACUGUGGCUAAUAGCCACUGAUGGACCUCUGCUCCAUAUUUUUAUCAACCCCCCUCUUGAAGCUGGCUAUGCUUGUAGCUGCCACCACCUCCUGUAACAGUAAAUUCCACAUGUCAAUCACCCUUUGGGUGAAGCAGUACCUCCUUUUAUUCGUUCUAACCC